GGAUUCAAUUUCGAUUUUAGUCUAAGUCUCGGUCGGAUUUACAACCGCUUAGAUUUUUCUCUCAAAUAUAUUAAAUGGCCGAAUAUAUCGGACAAAAGAUACAUAAACUUCCAACGCCCUCGGCUGUCAUAUCCCGACCGGUACUGGAGAAAAACUGCUCUCGUGUACUGCAGGCAGUGGAUGCGUUGUCUGUGGGGUUUAGGCCGCAUGUAAAGACUCAUAAGGUGGGCUUCUCUAUUUCUUUUCUGUUGCUCUCCCCUUAUGCCCAUUUCGAGGUGGUGAUGUGAAAAAGCAAUGGUUGGAUGAGAUUUGGCUAUAUUUAGAUGGAUAUUAGCUUACGGUAUGAAUUGGCAUGCUAGACAGUGGAGGUUAGUCGGUUGCAGCUUGGCCAUAAGGCUCGCGGUGGGAAGGUUGUUGUAUCAACCGUGAAGGAAGCCGAGGGGUUGGGUCCGUUGAUUGUGGAGGGGGUUAUCAAGGAUGCACGUUCCCCUCCUAACCAACUAUGAUUUCCCCAGUGAUUUAUUGAUGAGACGCAAAGAUUCUUUAUGGGAUACCCAUCCCCGCGUCGUCCAUCCACCGGCUACAAGGGCUUGAAGAAUCCUACCCGGGGUUGGAAAUAUCUGUGCUGGUCGACCACCCCGCCCAAGUCCGUGCCCUCAAGACCGCCGGUGCGCACUGGAGCGUCUAUGUAAAACUAGACAUGGGCACUCGCCGCGCCGGCAUCGAGCAUGACUCCCCGGCAUUCGGGAAAUUACUGGAGUGUAUAAAGGAGUCCAGCAUCGGCCUUGUAGGGUUCUACUGCCACGCCGGCCACUCCUACAGCGUCAGUGAUUCCGACGGGGCACUGGACUUGCUGCGAAAGGAGGUUGAUGUCGCGGUUUAUGCUGCAGGCAAGGCCGAGGCGCAGGGUAUCUCACCACCACAGUGCACUGGCUGGACGCUAUCCGUUGGUGCCACCCCGACCAUUAUUUCCACCGCUGGAGCGGGAAUCCCUGGCCAAGUGCAGCCAAAGCUCCAAAGGAUGAUUUCCUUCUUUUCAGGCCUUCGGGAAAAGGGCAUGCACGUGGAAUUCCACGCGGGGGUGUACACAAUGCUCGACCUCCAGCAAUUAUCGACUCACGCUUCCACCACUGCCCCGGACGGCUUGACAACCUCCGACCUUGCGCUGACGAUCCUCGCGGAAGUCGUCUCGCUGUACCCCCAUCGGGGGACCGGCGGUGGGAACGAAGCCCUCAUAAACGUCGGCACUGUAGGCCUCGGGCGGGAGCCGGGGAGGGCGCACCCGGGCUGGGGCACCGUAUCGGACUGGCGUGCUGAGAAUGAAGCGGAGUUUGAGCACGAGCUCGAGGGUGCUGGAUGGGUCGUUGGUCGCAUCUCCCAGGAACAUGGAAUUCUCACGGAGGUUCCGUACGGGAAUGUGGGCAGUGUUAGGCUUGGGAGUAAGGUUAGGAUCUGGCCGCAGCAUGCAUGCAUUGCGGGCAGUGGGCACGAAAGAUAUUUUGUUGUUGAUGAGGAGGAGGUUGUGGUUGGUGUUUGGGCGAGAUGGAGGGGGUGGUAG